GGGGGGGGGGGGGGGGGGAGAGAGAGGGAGAGAGACACCGGUGGGGGGUAGACGGAGACGACUACACCGACCAAGGCAAGAUGAGUUGGCUGCAAUCCAGCAUUAGGAGGUGAAUCGGAAGGCGAGGUAGAAUCAAAGCGACUGCACAGGACUCGCAGCGGAGAGCUCGUUGCAAAGGCGAGGUGGACGAUUUGUCUACACACACACACACACACAUACAGGAAGGAGAUGGCUAAAAAUUCUCCGGAUGGGUCCAAGGAAGACUUGUCGAAGAUAGCGGACGAGGAGCUGGUGAAAUGGGGGAAAGUGGAGCUGGUGAGGAGGCUCCGGCGGACAGAGGCGGAGAGGAUGAGCCUGAUGCUGGAACACGGGAACCUGAUGAAGGAGGUGAACCGGCGGCUGCAGCUUCACCUGCAGGAGAUCCGAGGUCUGAAGGACGUCAACCAACGGCUGCAGGACGACAACUCCGAGCUGCGGGAACUCUGCUGCUUCCUGGACGACGACAGGCAGAAGGGCAAGAAGUUGUGCCGGGAGUGGCAGAGGUUCGGCCGCUUCGCCGCCGGGUUGCUGUGGAGGGAGGUCGGGGGCUACCAGCAGAAGCUGGGCGAGCUGGAGAGCAGGCAGGACGCACUGCUGGGCGACAACCUGGAGCUGAAGGAGAUCGCCCUGAUGCUGGACGAGGAGCGCAGCGGGGCGGGCAGCCGUAGCUCCAUCGACAGCCAGACUAGCCUGAGCAACCUCAACGGCGGCUCCGGCCCCAGAGACUUGGGCGACGGCAGCAGCACCUCCAGCGCCGGCAGCCCCGACCACCACCACCAGCCCAGAGCGGCCGACAAGCCGGCUCCUCCGCUCAAGAGCUCAAGCGACGACCUCACGGUUCCACCACAUCACCACAGGAGCAUCCCCAACGGGCUGAAUGAUUCUGCUUCAGUCUACGUCAGACAACUGGAAAACAAAGUCAAGUUUCUGGAAGAUAACAAGAUCUUAUCACAGGACUGUCCUCCAGAGCGCAACAUCUUCCGCUCUGGUUUAAGCUCGGGGAGAUCUAUCAGACCAUCCUAUGUGAUCAAGCAGUCAAGUGCCGGUGAUCUGAAGGCUCUCCGUAAGGCCUACCCUGCACCGCACAAGCCCGACUCUCCACAUUCUUCACCAUUGCCACCGCCAUUUCAGGAGCCCACACAGAACGGCGCUCCACGGCUGGUGACUCUAGACCCCAACAAUCCAGCACUGCUGCCUGGGCUCCUCCCCAGUGCCCAAAAGCCUGAGGCUGUAGUACAUGCAAUGAAGGUCCUGGAAGUCCAUGACAACCUGGAUAGGCAGUUGCCAGAAGACUGUGAUCAUGAUGACCUAAGUGAGAAGGAGAAAGCCAUUGUUCGCGAAAUGUGUAACGUGGUUUGGCGUAAGCUUGGAGAUGCAGCUGGAUCGAACCCGUCCAUCAGGCAACAUCUCUCGGGCAAUCAGUUCAAGGGACCUUUGUAGUGCUGUUGCCCCCUGGAGGCCUGGAAGCCUGGAGGCCAACAGCCUGCUCCAAGAAGCACAUUCAUUGCAUCAGUACACGUGAACAAUCCAGAACCUCAGAGAAGUGUAACCCCGGCCUUUGACCCACCGUGACCCUCUCCACUAACCCGUACAUGAAGAAUGGCGACACUGCGCUGGGGACUGCUGCAAACUGACUGACCACAGUGUAAAUUACUCAUUUUCGUUAUGGCUGACUGUACACACAACACUUGUAAGGUGUACCACACCACAUUGUGCAGUCACAUGCAUUGAUGUGAUGGAGACUGAGUGGUGAGAUGCAUCUGAAGGGAGUGAUCGGUGUGUGAUCUUGAACCACCUUCCCUUCGCUGCUCCUCGACUGAUCCAUCCACGUGGAUGAUCGAUAAGACCGCGUCAUAAGCAGGCUCCUUUGAGUGCGUUGUCUCUUCAUUAAAUUCCUAGGUUGGACAGGUUGCAAGCUGCAAGGUCCCAGUAAGAUGAAUGGAUCCAUGGAUUCUUCAGUGAGAUCAAGGUGAAAGAUGAAGCCACUUUCCCAAGUACAGGAAAACCCGGCCCACAAGUACAUUGGCCUCCCAUUGUGUAGAUGUACAGUUAUGGCUGUGUGAACCUACAGCUAGUCCUGGAAUAACAAUGGUAUUGACUCGUAUGGGUCUAACACAAGAGACCAAAUGGUGAGGCCUCCUCCCUUGUUGAAAAGUAUGGCCGUUGAGGAUAAAAGUAUAGUUUUUUAAGGAAUAGAAGUUUAAAGGGACAGUAUUCUUUUCUUCUGAUGGUAUUUCUUGCUGACGUUAGUCUGUGCAGAGUGUCCUCUGUCUGCGGUAGGAAAGUAUCCGCUGAUCACCAACCUGCUCCAUCUCGGAGAAAUGGGUCAAAACCCACGUGUUAUUUCUGGAAUGGAUGUGGAUGUGAAACAGAUGAAGGAAGAGGAUGGAACACAACUUGUGGCCCCGUAAAAUCAGCUUGAAAGCGACAAAACCCACCGGUAAAGCUCGUGGCAGAAGCCGUGCAACUUCUGCCUCCACCCUUGCCCGCUGCCACUUUCCAAGCCCAGCCUGACUCCCACACGGAACGCUGCCUCUUCAACAGGCGGAAAUGGUUGUGGUCGAGUGAUAAUGUCGGAGGCUGCGGGGGGUGAAAGUGGCACGGUGCCAAUCACGCCAUGCACGAGCGACUCACUUCAGCUCAAGUGCUAAACCAUUGGCAAAUGCUAGUGACCAGGUUAUUGAUGAGUGUCGUGUACAAUUUCAGGAAUUUUCCAAGUCGGGUUGAAAUAAGAAUUCACACGGAGAUAAUCUGUCAACUCACGACGCACGAGGUUGUUUUCAUAACAUUGGGAGGAAAGGAUUAUUGAGCUUGGGGUAUCUUCAGAUCCCAGGUAUACCAGUGUGUCACUACAUGCAAAGGUCUAUAGCCAACAAUUAACCCCCACAUGGGUCAUUCUUUUCCUCUCUCCUCGCCCAGUGCUCUGUUCACUUUCAUGUUGAGCAUAUUAUUAUCUGGUAACCAAAUUUGUGAAUGAGUUAUAGAGACACAGAGCAUGGAAACAGGCCCUUCGGCCCUGCUCAUCCAUGCCAGCCAAGACUCCUAGUCUCAUUUGCCUGUGUUUGUCCACUAUUCUCCUAAGCCUCUCCUGUCCAUGUCCUCGUCCAAAUGUCUUUUAAAUUUUGUCAUUGUACCUGCCUCAACCAUUUUGAAAUUCCCGAUAUUCUCACUUACAUUAGCGAGGGAAACUAUAGUUGUGUGCACUGAAGAUUUGUAUAAAGAACCCAAGGUGAUUUCUCAGUCUUUCACGUACAGCCCAGUAUUAUGGUGUUCAAAGGUCUUAAAGUCAGCAACGUUCAAGAAAGCGUAACCAGAUAAAUCAUGAUGUGGCCUGUCUUGACGAUAUGGUUAAAAUAGAAAUGUUAGUUGGGAUUUCUGCCAGCACUUCAGAUAGUGCCACGGGAUAUUUAACCCCAGUGCACACCUCAUUGUAACCUCGCCUGAAGAAGGGUCUCCCAUUCCUUCUCUCCAGAGAUGCUGCCUGUCCCGCUGAGUUACUCCAGCAUUUUGUGUCUAUCAUCAGAACAAUGUUUCUUUAGCCCAUUGGUACACGUUAUCUCAAUGUGUAGGCAAGAACCAGAUGCUGGUUUAAACCGAAGAUAGUCACAAAAAGCUGGAGUAACUCAGCGGGUCAAACAGCAUCUCUGGAGAAAAGGAAUAGGUGACGUUUCGGGUUGAGACUCUUCUUCAGACCUGACCCGAAACGUCACCUAUUCCUUUUUUCCAGAGAUGCUGUCAGACCCGCUGAGUUACUCCAGCGCUUUGUGUGUAUCACAGGUUAUCUCAAGACGAGGCUCGCGAAACGACUACUCACAUUCAUGUAGUAUCUUUAAAGCUGUAAAAUAUGAUCAGCAAAUAUUGAUUGGGCCAAAGCAGAUGGUAAUAGGAGAGUUUCCAUAAAAAAGGAAACUUUUAAAAGAGUUUGGCAAGAGGCAAGAAGUUUGAGAGGGAGUGGGUUCCAGAGUUUGGUGCUUGGACAGCCCUUGUUCAGCUGAAGGAAACAGGGACUGAGUGAGGGACAAGGAGAUCUCACACGACUGCGGUGAUUUAACAAGGUGGCUCACCACCACAUUCGGAAGUGGGCAGUAAAUAAUUGUCUUCCCAGAGAUGCCCACACUAUAAAAGUAAAUGGCUUUCCAACAUGUCAUCUCCGAGCUGUGCCAACUCUAUGGAAUGAUUUUCAUUCAAAAUGACACAAUGCAGUGGAUGGGGACUGCAAAGAUUGUUGCCAAUUUGCUACAGAUUCUCAUCUCCGCCAACUAAUCCAUUGUUCACUCUUGGAGCGGGCUGGAGAAUUGCUUAACAUUUGACAAAUCAAUCUUUAUCAAAUUCCCCCUUCCUUGCUCCCUCCCCCCAAACUAAUCCCACCGCCCUGACCUCAGGCAUCAAGAGCUAAAUAAACAUUUAAAUUUGCCUUAUCUAAGCUGCUUUAUAUAUUAGUGUUGUGCCCAGGCAACACAUGUCCGUUGACAGAUUGAAUCUGUCUCUGCCGCUGCCUGGUUUGAUUGUGUAGGUACUUGACUGCCAAUCCCAAGUGAUUUGUGGUUGGGAGAAUGUUUAUUUUGCUGGCUUUGAUUUCCCCGCGCCAGGAGUCAAUGUAUCUCCAGUGAAAUCUGACCCGGGUAAGUCUGAGAUAAGAAGCUGAAGCAAAAUGGCAGAGAAAUGUGUAUCUCCACUUAAUUUAGAUUAUGAUUUGGGAUUCUACCGUGAAUCAAAUCGUUCCAUAAAGAGGCCCUUCGCCAGUUCCAAAUUACAGUCGGAUCAUAAGGGCUGCACGAUGACACAGUGGUAGAGUGGCUGCCUUACAGCGCCAGAGACCUGGCCUCGAUCCUGACUACAGAUGCUGUCUGUACGGAGUUUGUACAUUCUCCCCGUGAC